CGUGAGGGGGGAGAGUCACGCGAUUUCCGGGAACCCGUCAGGAAGGACAUAAACAAAACAAACCCGAAGCAGCAUGGAGAGGGGCCGCGGCCCCCGCACCAGAACGGGCCCCAGCCCCUAAGCUCCCCCCCAGGACGCAGCACCAGCAGUUUCAUGCAGAACUACUUAAUGAAAACAGAGGUCCAAGCGAUUGAACUGAAGGUAUUCCGGUGAAAACCUGCCACUUAUUGUAUAAAUUAUUUUUUAUCGUGAAUUUAAAGCUGGAAAGGAAUCUACAAGCAAGAAAAAAAAGUUUGGAAUUAGACUCUCAGGAUCUGGGCUUGGAAAUGCCUCAGGUAAAUUUUACUGAGUCCUAGUGUAAGCGGAAUGGACCCGCCUUUUGGGGAUGCCUUUCGAAGCCACACAUUUUCAGAACAGACUCUGAUGAGCACAGAUCUCUUAGCAAACAGUUCAGAUCCAGACUUCAUGUAUGAACUGGAUAGAGAAAUGAAUUACCAACAGAAUCCCAGAGACAACUUUCUUUCUUUGGAGGAGUGCAAAGAUGUUGAAAAUCUGGAGACUUUCACAGAUGUCUUGGAUAAUGAGGCUGCUUUAACCUCAAACUGGGAACAGUGGGAUACAUACUGUGAAGACUUAACAAAGUAUACUAAACUGACUAGCUGUGACAUCUGGGGAACAAAAGAAGUGGAUUACCUGGGUCUUGAUGAUUUUUCUAGUCCCUACCAAGAUGAAGAGGUCAUAAGUAAAACUCCAACUUUGGCUCAACUUAAUAGUGAGGAUUCUCAGCCAGUAUCUGAUUCCCUUUAUUAUCCUGACUUGCUUUUUAGUGUCAAACAGAACCCCUUGUCCUCUUCAUUACCUGGGAAAAAGAUAGCAAGCCGAGCAGCUGCCCCAGUGUGCUCAUCUAAGACUGUUCAGGCUGAGGUUCCUUUGUCAGACUGUGUCCAAAAGGCAAGCAAACCCACAUCAAGCACACAAAUCAUGGUGAAGACCAAUUUGUAUCAUAAUGAAAAGGUGAAUUUUCAUGUUGAAUGUAAAGACUAUGUUAAAAAGGCAAAGGUAAAGAUCAAUCCAGUUCAGACUCGGCCCUUGUUGAGCCAGGUUCAUGCUGAUGCAGCAAAAGAAAAUACCUGUUACUGUGGAGCUGUAGCAAAGAGACAAGAAAAAAAAGGAAUGGAUACACUUCAGAGUCAUAUAGCUCCUACUUUGCCUUUUAAAGAGACCCAGGAACUACUUCUCAGUCCUCCUCCCCAGGAGACUACAGGGUUAAUUGUGUCAGGAGAGAGCAGCAGCCUUUCUGCCAGCACAUCAGUCUCAGAUCCAUCCCAGAAGAAAGAAGAGCACAAUUAUUCUCUUUUUGUUUCUGACAACCUGGGUGAACAACAAGCCAAAUGCAACCCUGAAGAGGAUGAAGAAGAUGAAGAUGAUGUUGAUGAUGAGGACCAUGAUGAAGGGUUUGGUAGUGAACAUGAGCUAUCUGAAAAUGAGGAGGAAGAAGAGGAGGAAGAAGAUUAUGAAGAUGACAAGGAUGAUGAUAUUAGUGACACUUUCUCUGAACCAGGUUAUGAAAAUGACUCAGUCGAAGACUUAAAGGAGAUGACUUCAGUAUCUUCGAGGAAGAGAGGCAAGAGAAGGUACUUCUGGGAGUAUAGUGAACAACUAACACCAUCACAACAAGAGAGGAUGCUAAGGCCAUCUGAAUGGAACAGAGACACUUUGCCAAGUAAUAUGUAUCAAAAAAAUGGCUUGCAUCAUGGAAAAUAUGCAGUAAAGAAGUCACGGAGAACUGACGUUGAAGACCUGACUCCAAAUCCCAAAAAACUGCUUCAGAUUGGCAAUGAACUAAGGAAAUUGAAUAAGGUGAUUAGUGAUCUGACACCAGUCAGUGAACUUCCCUUAACUGCCAGACCCAGGUCAAGGAAAGAAAAGAACAAGCUAGCUUCCAGGGCUUGCAGACUAAAGAAAAAAGCUCAGUAUGAAGCUAAUAAAGUGAAAUUAUGGGGUCUUAAUACAGAAUAUGAUAACUUGCUAUUUGUAAUCAACUCUAUCAAGCAAGAGAUUGUAAACCGAGUGCAGAAUCCAAGAGAGGAUAGAGGACCUAACAUGGGACAGAAGCUUGACAUACUUAUUAAAGAUACUCUUGGUCUACCAGUUGCUGGACAAACCUCAGAAUUUGUGAACCAAGUGUUAGAGAAGACUGCAGAAGGCAACCCCACUGGGGGCCUAGUAGGACUAAGAAUACCAACAUCCAAAGUGUAAUUGGCCUCAUUUGACCACUACUCUGGUCAGAAUUAUGUCUGUGUUCAGUCAGGUUCUUCAUUGUAAAAUUUCAUUCUGUUCUGCAUGUCAGUUUAGCAUUAUGUAAACAUUUACAAUUAGGUUACAUUGUUUUAAUAACUAAGUAGUAUAAGUGAAGCAUGAUCCAAAAUACUUGAUUAUAGCAUUUUUUCAGAGCAUAAACCAUAGUUAAAAUUGCUUCUGGCAUCAGUAUGGAAACUUAUAUGUUUAUAAGUGGCUGUUUAGGACCAGGAUGCAAAAUCUAUAGAAGUCAGACUUGUUUCCGCAAGUGAAAAUGUUAGCAAAUGCCAAAUGUUCUGGCAGGUUUAUGCUCUGAAUGCAACACAAAAUUAAGAGGAAGCAUUUUUUUAAACUGUCAGUUUAGAUUGUUUUUAGAAUUAUUGCUUUGUGUUCUAAUUUUUUUCCCACACCCAUUAAUCUCACUUGUAUAUAGCACAUGUAGCAUUCAUGCUAUGUGUGCCAUAUUAGAUUUUAAUUUUCAGAGCUCAAUAUGAUAUAUAUAUAUAUAUGUCCGUGCAAGAAAAAAAAAGCAUAUUCUUUGUGCCUUGUAUUUGGGGGAAAACUGUAGCUAUAAACUGGUAAUGUUUUGUAUGAUAACCCUAAUGAGGAAAAACAAGAUGUAUAGAUGGUAAAAUUAUGGGGUUUAAAUGUUUUUGUUCCAACUCUUAAAAUUUUUUUGAAUGUAUAUAGGACUAUGUUGAAAUGUAGAUAUAUGCCACAGAGUCUGUGUAUUGUAAAAAAAAAAAAGAUGGCUCUAGAAAACUCAAUUUCGGUACUUGGCCGGAAGAAGACAAAUACUUGCACAUUAAUGCGAUUGUUUUAUUUUUUGUACCAAAGACAAAUGCAACUGAUAUGGCGAACUGCCAGUCUAAGUAAAGUUUUGCACAGCUUACAUGAUACUGUACUGAAUGUAUGAAAAAAAAAGGAAAAAAAAAGAAAAAAUCUAAAGGUCAGGGUUAGGGAUCUUACUGAACUGUGAAUUUUAUUUCUGUUUGGGUCCAAUUAUCUACAGAAGGAGCAUUCAUACAUACAAAUAUUAUUUUGCUGUUCCUCUAGUUCGCUUCCAUAGUAGAUAAGUUGGUGGCCAUUUAGGAGUUUGUAAAUCUUUUUUUCUGCACUUAUUGUAGGAAAUUUUAAUAUAUUUGCAUUUUAGUAAGCUAUUGGUAAAAUAGUUUUCGAUUUUGAGGAUUUAAAAAGUUUAUUUAGCUUGUUGUAGUAUACUUCCACCAAACAACCAAAAUACAGAUUAUUUUUAUUGUACUGUGUAUAUAUAUAUGUAAAGAAAGAAAAAGCUACAAAUAUCUAAUUCUUUAGUUGCCACUUUUCCAAUUGAUGUAUUAUUGUGCAUGUAAUAUUUCCAAGGAUCAACACAAGCUUAAAACAAAAAAAAUUUAUAGAUUUUUAUAUUUUUGUACAGGUAUUUCCAAACUAGCUUCUUCAAACUUACAUGUGACUUAUUCUUGUUAAUUCUAGUUUCUAUGAUUGAGAGAUAUUAACACUUUUAGUUUUUAGGUGCUCUUUUGCUCAUAUAAAAGUCAGCUUCAUUAGUCAGUGUUUAAACUGUGUUAAAGCUUUACCUAAGAGGUAUGAGAAAUUCCUUAUGUCAAGGCAGCAUCAUUCUCUGGGUUUGUGGACCUUCCCCCUGGGCUAUACCUAGUCUUUCCUUCCUCUUAAUAUUCACUCUCAAAUUUUGUUUCAGCUAUUAUAGGUGGUAGUGGUGGUGACAAAAAACCCACAACAAAAUGAAAAAAACCACAACCACAUUAAAUAGCUUGCUCAACCAGAAUAAAAGUACCAAAAGUUUCAAACUUAGGUUCUGGGACUGUACAUUUUAAAGUCAUAUAGGCCUUCCAUUUCCCCCUUGGAGAAUUUAUUCUUUAGUACAAUUUAUUUUUAUACAGUGUGUUUCUUUUUCUUCAUUCAAUCAGAUGGGUUUUUUUUAGAAUUUGCAUUUUUUUUUAAGCUUUAGAGUAUGAAGGUUUAAGUCUGAAACAUCCAGUAAUGUAUGAACAUAUUGUGUCUUGUUCCCAGAGUGCAUGCACAGUAUCAUGAAACUUACUUUAUAGAAACUCCAAGGGGGGAGGGGGAGAAGUCAUCCACACUCACUUGCACUAAAACUGUGAUGCACAUGUUUUUCCUAUACAUUUGAGAGAAACAUCCCUUAUGAGUUCAGGCUCAUUCUAGAGUAAAUAGAUUACAAAACAAACAAUGGUUUUUAAAAAUUUGUUAGUUCUUUUUUGGUGGGGGAAGGAAGACAAAAUACAAGUUUGUAACUUGGGAAGAUACAGAGAAUGUGUUUGGUAAAUUUAAAAGUAUUGCCAACACCACAGUUUUAUAAUCAGGUGAAGAUCACUUCCAUGAUAGAGAUUCAACUGAUAAGAUUUAGAAAAUGACCCAUUUUAGCGGUUCUAUUUUGAUCACUUUUUUUUCUGUCUACAAACCAGAAUAUGAUUUUGGUCUCACAUUUCAAAAGAAAAAAAGAAAAAAAAGAAAAAAAUUAUAAAUCCAUGUAGUGGAUUACCCUACUCUCUUAUUUCAGUGUUUUAUAUGUACAACUUAAGUUAAAUAGUUCAAAGCUUUUAAAUAGUUGAGCUUUUUAAUGUUGACACUUUAUUUUGUACCUAUUUAUAUAUGUAUGUAUAUCUUAGAAAAGCACUUUGUUAAAAAAAAAAAAGAUUGCGUUUUAUAUGAUUCCUGCCAUUUGCUGCUAAAUCUGGGCUGGUCAGAAUGCUGCAGCGAUACUUGAUCUAAAUAAAACCUGGCAGUAAAAUGUAGAGUAAAGUUAAACCACCUUGCGGUUGUUUUAACUUUACUGUAAAGAUGACAUAGGCAAGCUGUGCAGCUUUACAUUUUAACCAGGGGACUCUGUGGCAUUUAAAACCGUCUAGAAAUGGUUGUACUUUAAUGCCAGUAAUAAUCUGCUUCCUCUAUUGUCAUUAAAAUAUAUACAUUUAGUGUAUACUUAUCACACAAACAAAUCUUAUAAGGGUUAACAAAAACCCCCAACAACUGUACAUGUUCUGUUUUUGGAAAUUGUGGCAUGUAUUUUUGGAUGAAGAUCAUUAGAGAAGAGUUCUCUAAAGGUUUUCAGUGUUCAUACAUGGUAUGCAGAUCAUAAUGAAGUCCUGGAUUUUAUUUUAAGUGGAGGCAUUGUGAAUAUUCACUUCAAAUAAUCCCAUCAUUCAAAAGCAAUUUAUACACUUCAAUUCUAAUACUACUAUGAUUUAAAAUACAAAAACAAAAAACAAAAAAACAAAAACAAAAAAAAACAACCUUCUUUGUUUCAGAUACACUGGAUUCUUUAUAGAGUUUGUUUCCAUAUUACAGCAUGCUGUCCAACUGCUCUUGUUAAGACCUUGUCAAAGUUUUGAAUUGGGUGCCACACUUUUUCAAUCGAUAUGAUUGCUUGUUCUACCGUACCAUGUAUGAUUCUUGUCCUUUCCUAUAUCCUUCAUGACAGAUUAUGAUGUGGCUUUAUAUUGUGCCUUACUUGUACCUUUAGAACUAAAUGUCUUCAUCCCCUUCCACUCCCUAAGUCUUUUAACUCUUUGACCUUUUUGGAAAGAGAAUCAGAACUAUAAUAAAAAGCAUCAUGAAGGAUUUCAGAUGGGUCUGGUUUCAAAUUCCCCUCUCUCUUUGUAGUUAUUUUAUAUUUGUAUGAAAGACCAAUUUUGAAUGGUCUUUUGAGUAUGAGGGGAGAGGGUUAACAAUAAUUCCACUACGUCCUUUUUCUCUGACUUUCAUGAAUUUAUCAUACAACUUCUUUCUGAUGCUUGACUUUUUUUGCUUAUUAGCAAAUAGUCUGCAUUCAAAGAAAGGUAUGUUCAACUCAUCAGCCUGAAAUUUACUUACUUUCAUUUUUCCACAAAUUUUUUUAGGAGAAGAGUACCAGUUUCUGUUUGUUUCUAAACAGAUGACAAGUCUCUUUUAAAGAAACAGAAGUAUAGUACUUUUGAAAUACAAUGCUGUCAGUUUGGAUUUCUUUUUUAUAUAUAUAAUAUUCAUACAAUUAUCUGAUGUUUGCCUUCAUUAAUAAAGCUGUUAGUUUAUUCACCAAAAUGGCAAGACGGAUGUGCUUUUCUUUAUUCCAUAAAUCUUUUUAACAUGGAGAUUUUAGCUGCUUUGAGUUAACUUUCUGAAAUGAAUUCAAGUGGCCUUCAGCAGGAACUAACAAAGUAAUAUUAUGUUCCCAUUCUUGUUAAUAGUCUUCCUCAAGUUCUGUUGAAGCAUUGCCUAAUUACGUUAACACAAAUGUUAGUAUCACUUCUAGUCUUGAAACUUGAAUUUUGAGAAUUAAUUGAAUUAUGCCUUCAGUGUUAAAGGAAAUGGUUUCAGUUAUCCCCUUAAUAGAAUUUUUGUCAAAAAAAAAAUACUGUUUCAUGGGGAACUGAGGUCAUUUUCAUAACUUUGCACAGAAAUGCAGUUUGCUACUUUUGUUCUUCCCGAGGAUCAUGACAAAUAGUUUCAAACACAGUGCCACAACAAUUGUGGAUUCUUUGUAAUCUUACUAAGGGCAUUAUGAUUUUGAGAAGACUCCAUCCUUUUUUAAUCUUAAAUAUGUAAUGAUAUGUAACUAUGAAUGUCAACUACAGGAAUGUCGAUUCAUUUGAAAGGGAAAAAAAAGUGUGGGAUAAAGACGGCGAAAAUGUACUACUGAAUGUCACAGUUUUCCAAGGAGCAAAUGGUGAUUGUGUUGAAACAGUCCCACUGCUCAAACUGACUAGAAUUACAGAAAGAUUUAUGAAUUAUAAAUUGAAUUAUCAUGCCAAAUUUCCACUUUUAUUGAGAGGACAGGUAGCUCUUUAAAACUACUUCUAAUUGGUAUUGUAGGGUCAGAGAAUUGAUGACUAAUUGAGAACGUUCAAGUUGAGUAUCUUGAUGUGCCAAGUUUGGGUAAACCAAGUUUGCCUCUUCUAUAACAGUGUAAUAGUGUGAAACACACAGGAGGAAUGACUUCUGGGUUGGGUAGCAGUGUGACUGAUGACCUCAUCUGGUCCCUCCUUCUCUACCCACUGUUUUUUGAAGAACCAAAAAGCAUAGAUGUGUAUAUAUGUGUGUACUGUAUCUGCUUUUGGAAAACAUUCUUAUGGCACUGUAUUCCAUUGCCUGCUUUCUGAUUCUUCCUCCCUAGGAUGGUGGCUCCCACUAUAACAGAGUUGUCCUGUAGGUUAGGAUUUGUGGUCAACAGUGAAUUCUAAUUCUGACAGAACCUAACAGCCAAGUGGGGGGAGGGAGAAGGAAAAGAAUUCCGAGCAUUUGUUCAUACACUGUGGCCAUCUAUUUUGCAUAGUUGCUUGGAGUCCUGUUUGUAAUGUUGUCAAAUAUUCUGUAGUUCUUUUCCAACUGGAGCUAAGAAACUUUUUAUUGGAAUCAGUCUUGUCUCUCUUGUUUAGAAAGAAUUUUACCUUGUUAACGCAUGAGCUGUUUUAAAAGUUACUCUAUUUAAAUGUUGGUUAAUAGUUGUGUAGUUUUUUCUUUUAAGAAAAAAGACACAACUCAAAUUUUGACUUUGUUUACUGUCACUUUCCAGCCCCUCUGCACUUCUAGUCAGAUACAGACUCGUCAGUGUAUGCAACGUCCUUUGUAAUUUAAAAUAAAAAAAGAUGGAAAGAAAAGGUUUUGAACUGA